AUGUUCAGCAACCAGACUGGAUUUUACAGUUAUAUGAAAAUAGAGAUUAGCGGCGAUUUAACAAUUAAGAUACAAGAUAAUGAAUUUCGAGCCCACAAACAAGUAUUAGAUCAACGAGGCUUUGCAUUAAAUAAUGCAACUACCGAGGAAAAUAAUAUUUUUAUUCUUUCGGGCAUAAGUCCUGAGAUAUUUGGUAUGAUAUUGGAAUUAGUUUACACGGGAGCUAUCAAGAAAUUGGAUGACUUUGCUGAACCUUUAUUAGAAGCUGCAGACCGAUUUGAACUUAAGGAUCUCAAGUAUUUAUGUGAAAGGUCAUUAGCAGAAAAUUAUGUUGAUUAUAAUAAUUUCGCAGAUGCCUACGUUUUAGCUAAACGCUGUAAUGCUGAUGAGUUAUUGACUUAUGCUCGUUAUAUGGAAAUAGUGCUUUCUGGCAAAGAAUGUCAAAGAUGGUCUGAAAAUAAUCCGCCAACUGCUGAGCAAUUGGAAAAAUAUUUAUUGCCAAUGAAACAAAUACGGGAAGCAGAAAAAACUUCAACAGCACAUCCUUCUGAUGCUCUAGGUGUGUUAAACAAUAAGUUUAGUGAGUGUUCUACAAAUGAUUCGAACAACGAGAGUCCGUAA